UUCAAAUAAGUCGUGUUCUGAGAAAGCGUAGAACAGAAGGCUGCGCAUAGCAGUGCAAAACCACACGGCCUGAAAGCCUUUGAUUGUGAAUGUCCACCUCAGCUUCGUCCUCUCGACGAACGUCCCGGGAAAUGGCUGCACCAUUGCUAGCAGGACUUGCUAUUGCAGCUGCUGCUUAUGGUGGUAGGUAUAGCAUUCAAGCUUGGCAGGCAUUCAAGGCAAGACCAUCAGUACCUAGAAUGCGCAAAUUUUAUGAUGGUGGUUUCCAGACUACUAUGACUAGGAGGGAAGCUGCUCUAAUACUUGGAAUCAGGGAAAGAACUCCAGUGGAUAAGGUUAAGGAAGCACAUAGGAGGGUGAUGGUCGCCAAUCACCCUGAUGCCGGGGGUAGUCAUUACCUCGCAUCUAAAAUUAAUGAAGCAAAAGAUCUGAUGCUGGGAAAGACCAAGGGUGGCAGCUCUGCAUUCUGAUGGGGCUAAUACUUUCCAUACAUGCAAGGCAUUUCUGCAAAAGUUUUAGUGAGUUUAACAGCACACAUGCUCCCAUUACUGUCACCUCAUUUUUUUUUUUCAGCCAGUUGAUUCUUUAUAACCUCUAGUUGGACAGAUUUUGAAAAAGAAAAGUGAUACCAUUUGUCACGAGACUUGUGAAUCUGGUGACCAUGACAGAACUCGAUUGAAAUUCUGCAUGGAUGUCCAUGAGAGUAAGAUGAAAGAUUAUAAUUGGGGUAAAUAAUUAUUUAGUCCUCAUCUGGUUGUGGAUCGUGGUGUUGGGACUGCUGUUUGCUUUGGCUAAUUUUCUCUCCUUUUUUUUAUACUUUCAGUGUAGACACUAAUAGCUCAUUAUUUGUAAGAAUUGGUGGUUGUGAUGACGUUGAUCAAAUGUAUGCCAAGUUUGUAGCAA